GUUAAAGCUGCUUUGUGCCAUGCCAGGGACAGAGUGAGCAUUUGGGUGAUUGUUGGGGUGUGAAGCUCAAAGACAAGUGAAACCCACAGUGAUUGUUGCUGUUGGGAACCUUGAGCAACAUGGGCAUGGGGACCUUGGAGUUAUUAACUUGUAUAUUGCAUUCAGAGGUGGGUCUCCCAGAGCUCACAGGUGCUCUGCCUAGCUGUGAGAUGAUGCUUCCUGAAGGUGCUGCCUUGUGAGAACGAUGGCGUUAAACAGCCUUUUGUCUUAGUUGUCACUUACCCAUUGCUUAAUCCUGGUCCAAAUACGUAUUUUUUGCUAGUAACAUUGAGUACCAGAUAAGAUUCAUUCUGGCCUAAUAGUCUGCCACUUCUCCCUUAUAAUUUCUGAGUGAUAAUAGGUAUCUUAGCUGUCUGCUUUUUUCAGGAAGUACUUUGAAUCCUGCUGUUACACAGGAGAAUUUUCCAAUCCUUUGCUUCUUUGGGUGAGAUGAACAUUUUCCUGCUAGAUGUAAGCCUGAAGUUUAGCUCUAGAAGACAAAUUGCUGGAACUGGGAUGACUGCUUUCAGAAGAUGAACAUGAGGCAGUUGAUGUCUUGAGUUUAUGGUCAGCGCAUUGGCUGUACAGUAGUACUGUCGUAACAAAACAUGCCCUGGAAGAAUCAAAAGGGAGAAUCUAUAAUCUGGGCAGAGGUAGCCACUAAAUGUGUUUUAUCGGGUUUAUAAUGCCUCCAUUUCUGAAAGGUGUAAGGAAGCAAAACAGAGAACAAAGUAACAGUGUUAGCAUCUAUCGUCUCGUCCAUCUGUGGUGAGCAGGAGGGACAGGUAUUUUUGAAAAAUCCCCAUGACUGGAUGAAAGUGUCAUUUGACCAUUCUCAGUAGCUCAUUUGGAAAUAAACUUUUUUAUUGAAGGACCCAUAAUAUAUCUUACGUAUACUUAUUGCAUUUCUUCAAGUGAGCCAUGAGCUCUAGUUUGAUGAGAAACAUUGGGAUAACAGUGACAUACAUUCUUAACACAGCAUAAUGGCCAUCGCAACAUACCUUGCUGGUGUAUCUUUGGAUCACCAUCCUGAAGAUCAUCUGAGUAAAAACGUGUUGUAGGGGAACUAUGAGACAAUAGGGAAUAUUACUUUGAGAAAGAACAUGGACUGAUGUAUCUGCUACCAUGCAGACUAUGGUAGCACUUUUUGGUGGAUUGGUGAAGUGAUUUGAGGGCUGAGCCUUUUCUCGUAGCAAUAAGAAAAGUGAAAGAAAUUUCUGGUUUUAAUAAAGAUUUUGUUUUCGGGUUCAGUUUCUUGCUGUAGUGUGGUGCAUCGAUUUUUGUGGUAGGAAUGACAGCAAUUGUAUCCUUGUCCUAGUCUGGAGACUGACUACAAACCAAUAGUUCAGUUUGUUCCUAACUGCAUUUUCUGAUAUGUGCUUAAAGUUUGGAGUGGAUAGUAUUGGACCCAGUAUUGGCUUUUUCCUUUAGCUAAACAAUUUUACUGAGUAAUGACAAUGCCUAGCUAUUUUUACCUUAGUAUCAGGGCAGUUUUAUUGUCCUUUUGUUUUCCAGGUCUUUAAGUAGAAAAAUUGUAGAAGUACACAGUCUAAAUGUAUUUUUACAUAGCAUCAAUUAGCUAUUCUUGGAAAUUCUUGUAGCAGUUUUUGUUAAGAUAUGUACUACUUCCACCUUGGUUUCUGUACCUCCUUGGAAGGAUUGGACAAACUGGACAAGGAUUUUCCUGUCUGUAUGUAAUUGGUAACUGUGUGUAGGUCCCUAAUCUGUUUGUGUGCAAAAAUACUGUGGUUCAUUGGGAAUAUCCUUGUGGGGAAACCGUCUUAUGAACAAACCAGCUGCAUUUGUUCUGGGACUUGGACAGUAGGAUCAAAGCUAGAAGGUAAUUGCACAGUAAAGGAGACUUGUUAGCUUUGAUGCACUUGAGGGAAGUGAAGGUUCCACUUAUUGUGGUGGAGAAGCUGGACUGGGAAUUGCCAAAGACUUAUAAUUGUGAUGGAGUGUGGAUGGAUGUGAAUAGUUUUGUUUGAGAUUUGCUGUUUCUGUUAGCUAGCAAAUUUUGUUUUGCUUCACCAAUGUGUGGGGUAGACUCAGCACAACUGUCUAGUUUCAAUAGUGUUUAUUCUGUAUCUCUUCAUACUGAAUCAGCCUGUAGGAUCUGAAAAAAACUACUGGUUAUUGUUAAUAGCAUUCAUUUUUCUUAGGUUCGCUAGGUGUUAUUAGACAAAGGAAUGCAGUAACUGCUGCUUAGUGUAAGGUUACACUUUUGCAAAGUGUAGUUGUAAUGUUUGAGGAUCAGAACUGCUUUUAGAAAAUAAAUGUUUUCGACUAAAGGCUUAUUGUGCUCAGACCGAUCAGACUGAAUGUACCCGCUUGGUAGUUAUCAGCUUCUCUUACAGUCCUUCUUACCCUAAGCCUUUGGGUGGUUAUGCCAAAUGCCAUCUGACUACAUUUGCUUGGGAGAAAUACUCGGUUUACUGUUUGGGAGCUCUGACAAGAAGGUUUUUGAUCUGCAUUCAGUGCCAGCUCUCCUUGUAGUUGUCUGGUUCUGUACUUCUCUGCUUGGUGAGCUGGUCCACAUCUUGCUUCAAAUCUUCCCUGUAAUGCCGAGUUCUGCAUGGUUCGCUUUCCACUGCAGAUCACAGUGAAGUUCUUUUACUGCAGAAGGAAUGGCAGUCCUUUUGCUGGGAGGAGAAUGUGCAUGUUGGACUAACAAAAAAUGCUUACUGAGGCAGCUGAAAUAGGAGACAGUACCCUAGACAGAUGCUGAUGCAGAACACUUGUAACCUGGGAUGUGGGUGUGCUGAUGGAAAGUGACCAAGGGGACUUGUUAGGUUAGAAGAAAGAUAUGUGGUAGUAUUAGUGCAAGUAUGGAAGAAAGGUGAUUUUCAUCUAAGUAAGCAAGUUAGUUGUAUUAAAAUAAAAAAUAGAGUGUUGUUUUAGUAUAAUACUUAAACAGUAGUAGUAGGUUUCUGAUCUGAACUUUAACUAACUUUAACUAACUGCACUUUAACUGGUUUCCAGUAUUCCAGUCAUGCAUUUAAACAAGAAGGUAAGGUCAAACCCUGGUUUGAUCUCCUUUAGAGUCGCACAUAUGAAGUGUAUAUGUAUGCUUUUAGCCAGAAGGAAACAUUAUGAUGAUCUAAUGGGACCUCUUACAUGAACUGGGCCACAUGUGUUUGAGUCUUGGAGGUGGACUCAAUAACUUGUGAUGAAACUAAAGAAUACCUCUAGAAGACAUGAGGUUUCAAUCGUGAUUUGUGGUCUUUUAGUGUGUGAAAUUGUGUUCUUUAGUUGUGUUUAAGAACUUCAGAAAAAUAAUCUUAAUUUCAACACAGGCUACUAGAGCUUGUGAUCACUUGUUGGGCUUUUCAUCAAACAUCUCUCUGUAUAUGCCUAUGGAUGAUGUUCUCUAGAACUAAACAGUCUGAGCUCACCACUGUCCACCAGCAAGGCAGCCCUGCCACAGCUCUGGCUCUGUACUUGGAGAAGGACUGCUCUCCGGCAUCUGACCUGCUUGGUGUCGGGGGGACAUGUUUACCUCUAUCAACUUUCUCCUUCAACUGAGUUCUAUUCAGAUUAAACCAAGAUAAAAGAACAAUAUGAAAGAUGUUUAUAUCUUUUUCUUUGUUUAGGACUUGCUGUUGUCCCAAUAAACUUUCUGUAAUAUUGUAGCCAUUCCAAGUAUUCCAGUCACCUUUUGACUCUCUCCAAAUUGUGACUACUAAAGUCAUCUUUGCCAUAAUGGUGGCUCUAACCAAGAGAGCUGAUCCAGCUGAGUUGAAAACAAUAUUUUUGAAGUAUGCAAGUGUGGAGAAGAAUGGAGAAUUCUUCAUGUCUCCUCAUGACUUUGUCACCCGAUACCUGAAGAUAAUUGGAGAUGGUUUGCCUAAUGCAAGCACUGUACAGCUCCUUGCAGGUGUGGUGGAUCAGACAAAAGAUGGGUUGAUAUCCUUUCAAGAGUUUGUGGCAUUUGAAUCAGUCCUGUGUGCUCCAGAUGCAUUGUUCAUAGUAGCCUUUCAGCUGUUUGACAAGACUGGCAAAGGAGAAGUUACUUUUGAGGAUGCUAAGCAAGUUUUUGGCCAGACCACAAUUCAUCAGCACAUUCCUUUUAACUGGAAUUCAGAGUUCGUACAGCUGCAUUUUGGAAAGGAUAGAAAAAGACACCUAACAUAUGCGGAGUUCACUCAGUUUUUACUGGAGAUACAGUUAGAACAUGCAAAACAAGCUUUUGUACAGAGAGACAGUGCUCAGUCUGGAAGAGUCACAGCUAUGGACUUCAGGGACAUUAUGGUCACUAUCCGGCCACACAUGCUGACGCCAUUUGUAGAAGAAUGUCUAGUAGCUGCUGCUGGAGGUACCACUUCCCAUCAGGUCAGCUUUUCCUAUUUUAAUGGAUUUAAUUCUCUCCUUAACAACAUGGAGCUCAUUAGAAAGAUCUACAGUACUUUGGCUGGAAAUAGAAAAGACGUGGAAGUCACUAAGGAAGAGUUUGUUCUGGCAGCUCAGAAAUUUGGUCAGGUUACACCCAUGGAAGUUGACAUCUUGUUUCAGUUAGCAGAUCUUUAUGAGCCACGGGGGCGCAUGACGUUAGCUGAUAUUGAAAGAAUUGCUCCUCUGGAGGAAGGGACAUUGCCCUACAAUCUGGCAGAGGCUCAGAGGCAGAAAGCUUCAGGUGAUGCGUCUCGACCUAUUCUCAUCCAGAUUGCAGAAUCAGCGUACAGGUUUGCCCUUGGUUCAGUUGCUGGAGCUGUUGGAGCCACUGCAGUCUACCCAAUUGAUUUGGUAAAAACUCGAAUGCAAAACCAGCGUUCUACAGGCUCUUUUGUGGGCGAACUUAUGUACAAAAACAGCUUUGAUUGCUUCAAGAAAGUGCUGCGUUAUGAAGGUUUCUUUGGGCUUUAUAGAGGUCUGUUACCACAGCUAUUAGGAGUAGCACCAGAGAAGGCCAUAAAACUAACUGUUAACGAUUUUGUGAGAGAUAAGUUUAUGAGUAAAGAUGGCUCUGUCCCACUGGCUGCAGAAAUUCUUGCUGGUGGCUGUGCUGGAGGUUCUCAAGUGAUCUUUACCAAUCCACUGGAAAUUGUCAAGAUUCGAUUGCAGGUGGCUGGAGAAAUUACUACUGGUCCACGAGUUAGUGCCCUCAGUGUAUUAAGGGACUUAGGUUUCUUUGGUCUCUACAAGGGUGCUAAGGCAUGUUUUUUGCGUGAUAUCCCCUUCUCUGCCAUUUACUUCCCUUGUUAUGCUCAUUUGAAAGCUUCAUUUGCAAGUGAAGAUGGGAGGGUUAGCCCUGGAAAUCUGCUCUUGGCUGGAUCAAUAGCUGGUAUGCCUGCAGCCUCUUUGGUCACCCCUGCAGAUGUGAUCAAAACAAGGCUACAGGUGGCAGCCCGGGCAGGACAGACCACCUACAGCGGCGUCGUAGACUGCUUUGCCAAGAUCCUGCGAGAGGAAGGUCCAAAGGCUCUGUGGAAAGGAGCAGGAGCUCGUGUAUUUCGAUCUUCUCCUCAGUUUGGUGUAACUCUGGUGACUUACGAGCUACUGCAGAGAUGGUUGUAUGUGGACUUUGGAGGAGUAAAACCAGCUGGAUCAGAUACAGUUCCUAAAUCUAGGAUCACGCUCCCUGCUCCUAACCCUGACCAUGUUGGCGGUUAUAAAUUGGCAGUUGCCACUUUUGCAGGGAUUGAAAACAAGUUUGGACUUUACCUACCUCGGUUUAAGCCAUCACCACCUACCUCAAAGGCUGCUGCAGCAGUAGGACCCUAAAUUUAUCGCUGUAGGGUUUUUGUUAUUAGUUGGGAAAGAGCCACUUUUCUAAUUGGUUAAUACUUUGUUCCUUUAGCUUCUCAUCAUAUAAAAGUUUAGCUUCAUUUGAGUUUUAAGGUAAUUUUCAUCUUAAACGUAAUCAUUUGUCUUUGUGCUUCCGUAACCAGAUCACUGUGAAAUUCUUACCAGUUGUUUUAAGUUUGGGACCAUGAAUGUAUUUGUCUACAUCUGACAUGUGCUUGUGUUGGGAAGACACUAAUUUUAGGUUCCGUUUAUUAGGGAGGGCUGGGUGAGAGCUGUGAACCAGAUCAUUUUACAGGCAGUGCGCAGUUGCAGAUUACCAGGGCAGAUGUCGCACAUCGUCACUCGAAUGGAAAAACUCAGUGGAUAUCACGGUGCUCAAAGCAGAAUGAUUUUGACUGUAUGUGUAAAUUGGUUAUAAACUUGGUGCGUGUCUGCAGAGGUCAGCAAAUAUAUACCCGGUACCUAAGUAUGCCAGUACAGCUUCAACUUUUUAAAUCUGUACACGCACAACUUCUGUUUCUGGAUCGUAUUAUGAAGCUUUUAUGUGGAACAUGUUUUUGUAAUGAAAACCACAUUUAUAAAUGUUUAGCCGUUGUAUUAUGUUACUGGUAUCAAAAUGCUCAAAAGAAAGUGUUAUUGUCCAUAGUCUUUGCACUUUAUGGCAGAACUUUUGGCAUUCUACUACACAUACAAGGAAAUUUCAUAACUAGGUGCCUAUCUUGGGUUGCUGGUGUUUGGAAUUCAGUUUGUAUAUGCACUUCUAUAGUAAAACGCUGCUUGUUUAAAUAACUGCAAUAGAAAAUUCAUGCACUGUAUCAAUGGUACCUGCCUUAAUUGCUGGCUUGUAAUUGGCAAAUAGGUGGUUUCAGAUUCUUAUUUACUUCAUCAAGUCAAAAGAGAUUAAAAUAAUCUAAAAUAAAAGAUUUUACUUAA